AAAAUAAUAAUAAAGAAGUACGAACGUAAACAGUUGUUUGAACUUAUCACAUUUAAAUUCGAUAUUUAUACCAAAUGUUCUAAAAACAUAAAUAUGCAAAUAGUUGGUGCUGAUCUUCAUGAUUGAUAAGAGUGGUGAAAUACAUUUCCCCAAGUUCAAACUUAUAAAAACUAUAAAGUUUUUAUGGAGUUGACAAUAUAAAACAAAUUCAAAAUGAAGCUCACAGAUUCAGAUUUAAAAUUAUCAUCGAAAAAUAAUUCAUCCACAAAUAUGCAGAACAUAGAAUUAACAAGUGACAUGAUUAGAAAUGACAGUAUUAAAGAAAAAGCAUUAUUAAACGAAAAACAAGAUUUUGAAGAUCCAUUAGUUAAGAAUUCAAAAGUUGCCCCACAGCGUUUUUCAUCGUUACUCAGACAGUCAGUGGCUGUAAGUGGACCAUUAUUGGCAACUGUGUGUUCUGGACUAACGACAGGAUAUUCGGCAAUAUUAUUACCACAAUUGAAACAUGAAAAUUCAACAAUUCCUAUCACAGAAGAUGAAGGCAGUUGGAUUGCUUCUAUGGCAGCUCUUCCCAUGGCAUUUGGUUGCUUAAUUGGUGGCGCUUUGAUGGAUAGAUUUGGACGAAAAAUUGCACAAAUUUUGAUAUGUAUCAAUUUUUUUAUUGGAUGGUGCCUACUUAGUACAGCCACAAGUAUUAUUUAUUUGCUAAUUGGAAGAUUUGUGACAGGGCUUUCAACAGGAGCUCUAGGUGCGCCAGCUUCUGUAUAUAUUGCUGAAUGCACUUCACCCAAAUACAGAGGAUUAUUUUUAGCCAUGAUAAGUUUUUCAAUAUCCCUUGGAAUACUAAUUGCUCAUAUAAUAGGUACAUUUUUUUCAUGGCAACUGACGGCAAUAAUUUGUGCUACGGUACCUUGUAUGUGUAUAGCAAUUUUAUAUUUUGCACCAGAAAGUCCAAGUUAUUUAGCAAGUAAAAAUAAAUUUCAAAUUGCUGAAAAUAGUUUCCUAUGGUUACGUGGACACUCGAUGGAAGCCAAAGAGGAAUUAGAUGAAUUAAUAAAUAAGUACAAACGACAAGUGUCGCAUGUUGAAUUAACGAAGAAACAAGAAGCUCAAGUAACAUCAUCUUCGUCUAAUAAUAAAUUAACGUUUUUCCAACAAUUAACAAAAUUCUAUUUUUGGAAACCAUUUUUAAUCAUGAACUUAUUUUUUGCAAUCACACAAUGGAGUGGCGUAAAUGCUGUAGCAUUUUAUUCUGUAAAUAUUAUUCAAGAUACAUUAGGAGAUAAUUUUAAUUCGUACUUAGCAAUGGCGAUUAUUGAUAUAACACGAUUAAUAAUGUCGGUUAUCGCUUGUGUUUUACUUAAGAAAUAUCCACGUAGAUUCUUGGCAAUUAUUAGUAGUAUUUUAACAGCAAUUAUCUUAAUAUUUCUAUCUGUUUUCAUCUAUUUUGUGGAUAUUAAGAAAACAGCUGGAUUCGAAUAUAUUCCCCUAGUAUCCCUAGUAUUAUAUAUUUGUUUUAUAAGUGUAGGUUUAGUGCCAUUGCCUUGGGUAAUGAUUGGGGAAGUAUUUCCAUCAGCGGUACGAAGUGCGGGUACAGGGUUAACAAGUUGUAUGUGUUUUGUGUACUUUUUCUUAGUUGUAAAAACUGCCCCUUAUUUAUUUUUCCGAUUAGGAUCGGCACAAGCGUAUGGUAUCUACGGUUUAGUAGCAUUAUUUGGUUGUUUUGUUUUAUACGCAUUUUUACCUGAGACCAAAGAUAAAACGUUAGAAGAUAUUGAAACCAAAAUGAAAGGUAGAAAGAAACGGAAUGAUGUAUAACAAUUUUUCUUGUAUUGAAGUCUUGAUUUUUUUCCUUGUAGCUCUCUUCAAACUGAACCGAUUUUGUUGAAACAUAGCUAAGAACACUUUCGAUUUAAUUAGCUAUCAAAUAAACAGAAAAUCAAAAUCGGUUCAUUCGUUUAGAAGCUACGAUACCACAGACAGGCAGUCAGGUACACACACAUAGCGGUCAAGCUUAUAACACCCCUCUUUAAACGUCGGAAGUUAAAAAUUCUAUAUCAAAAUGAGAUUAGUUAUUAGAUAAUAUGUUUGUAAUAUUAAAAGGUGUCAAAAUACUAAAUAGCCUCAAAGGCGUUAACAAGAAUAUUUUCGAGAAAAAACGGCACCCGUAUAUUGUAAAUCGUCUACCUCACUUAUAAAUAAAAUAAAUACUAGUUUAUUUUUUUUCCGGUCUAUACAAUGGCUGUAGUGAAAUAUUUUAGUUAAUUUUGAACAAGGAUGACUUUACCAUCCAAUUAGUGUUUCUUUAAACUUGGCGCAUUCUGUUUACAUUAGGCAAGCUUAUAUUUUUGGUAAGUCAUAAUAAAAACAAUUACGUCAGUUUUUCCCUCGGUUCAAAAAGAAAAUUUUGAUCCAAAUAUAAUUUUUAUUCAAUAUAUUAUUUUUAACUGAUUUCCAAUAAGGAAGUUCUUACUUUAUCGGCUAUGAGUAUCGUUUUUAUAAAAUCAUCUAGUCCAAAAAAUGAAAUAGUGGGACAUUUUCAGAGUUUUUUUUAUAAAUAAACCAAUGACAAUCUUAAUCUGAGAUUUUUAAACUUUUUUACUAUAUAUUUUGAAUCUAAAAAAACAACAAAUGUACGUCGACUUUAUGCGUGUUCUGUGCGCUUACACAAAAGUCGGCAUUUAUUUGAAUAAGACCAUUCAAUUAAUAAAUUGUCUCAUAAUAAUUUUGAAAAUGAAAUGGAAUGUUUGUUUCAUAAGUAAGAUAAAUCACUAUUUUGUUUAAAAACAAUGUCUAUUUUGUGCAUGUACAAUAAUAAU